GAUCUGAAAUGUGGUGCGUCUUUGCUUCCAAGUUUUCCUGCAAGAUGAGACCGGGAUGUACAACACCGCUCUGCCUCCCAUCGUCUCCAACCCUAUCUAUGACAACAGGGCCCCAAAUACAGCCGAACUGCGAAUCUGCCGGGUGAACAAGAACAGCGGCAGUGUGAAGGGAGGUGAUGAGAUAUUCCUCCUCUGCGAUAAAGUACAGAAAGAUGACAUUGAGGUGAGGUUCUUCACUCAGACCUGGGAGGCCAAAGGCUUAUUCUCACAGGCAGACGUACACCGGCAAGUGGCCAUAGUGUUCAAGACACCUGCCUACUGUGACACCAACAUCACAGUCCCUGUCACAGUGCGCAUGCAGCUGCGUCGGCCCACAGACCAGGAGGUCAGUGAGGCCAUGGAGUUCCGCUAUCUGCCUGAUGACAAAGAUCCAUAUGGCUGUCAAGAGAAGAAACGUAAAAUUGAAAGCCAGAUGAAAUCCUUUUCUGGCUUCUCCCAAGGAGCCAUGAACUUCAUUAACAGACCAAAAGCAGUGGCUUCGUCAGGUUUGAUGAAUCAGAGAAUUAAAAUGGAGCCUACAAAUUAUUAUCCUCCAUCAAACCGAGGCAUGAUGCGCCAAAAUCCAACAGGCUUUUAUAAUAAAGCCCCUCCGUCCUGCCCCAUGAUGCCACAGCUAACAGAAACCCCACCAUCAGGAACACACAGUCAAGCAUGGUCCAGUCCAAUCGCCAACACCCCCAGUAAUGGAGUGGUCCUACAGCAGGUGAACCCAAGUCCCAGCAUGCCCACCACAGGGGAAAGUGGAAACAGCCUUCCUCAACUGACAGAUAGGGAUCUGGAGUUUCUUCAACAGCCUCGGCAGGACCAGCAGAACCAGCAGGUCCAGCAAUCCCAACAGCCACCUCAAAGGCAAGGACUAGAAGGAGCCCAUAACUGGUAUAACUUUGGGCACCAACAGCCUCAAAACACCCAGAAUGGGGCAACAGGCACCGGUGGGUUCUUGUAUACAGGCAACAUAGAAGAUGAUAUAUUUCAAAACCUCAUCAGCAAUCAUCAGCCAGUCUUACCAAUGAAACAAGAAGCUCAAGGUUCGAACAACAUGGCUGUGCUGGGGUCCAGCUCAGACUGUGUGUCGUCCUUCACCGCGCUCUUGAACUCCACCUCCCCCAAUGGAGGUACCGCAGAGACCAUGAGACAAAUGGAAGCUGGUGGGCCCAAUCAGAGGGUCUCGCAGAUUUCCUACCCUGCCGGCAUCAUGGGGCAGGAGAGCAAUCUUGAUUCUUUUCCCUGGCAGUACUUUCACGAAUAGAGUCGAAUCCCAUAACUGUUUAAUAUUUUGUUCUUUAAAUGUAGGCUCUGAUUCAUGUUCACUGAAUGUAUUUUCUGAAAAUCAGAAGGGCUAGUUGUCCUGGAAAUACUGUAAGAUGCUGCCACCAAUUAGGUAAAGCAGUGAGAUUUUAUUAAAUGUUUAUGUACAUAACAGUCUGAUGGUCAUGUUGGAGAUGUUUGGGAUCUUGAGUCCACAAAUGCUCAAUUAUGACAGGUUAAUUGUGUUCCUUAAAGUGGGAACUAGCAGGGAAUUGUCCCUGGGUAAUGGCUAUGUCAUUUUAAACAUGCUUCUUAUCCAAGGUUCUCAAAUGUGCUGUUCAAACAAGGGUUUUCUUUGGUUUCUCAAAAGUGAUAAAAUGGCUUUAGAAAACUUGUUCGGUUUUUACUUUAUUCAACAUACACAAGCUUUUACAUUGCAUUUUAUAUAGGCAAGUUUUUGUAUUUUUAUAAAAUGAAAGUUUAUACUACUGGACAUGGAUUUUUCCGAUUUCAUGUAUGUAAUGUUUGAUACAUUCUUGAUAAUGUGGAGGUUACCAAUGUUUGUUUUCACUUAUACUAGUAAUUUGAAUGCAUCAUCUUGUUUCUGUUUCACAUUCCAAAGUUCAGGUAAAUAAAGGAUUAAACUCUCUUA